AUGAGGUUGCAGGCUAUCUCGGAUGUCUUGAAUCCUAUCUCGCCCCUGGCGAACCUCUCGCUGUCGGCGCCUCAUCGCGUGCUGGUCAUUGGGUGCGCUUAUGGUGGACUCUCGGCUGUUGUUAACCUGCUCGACUGCGACAAAGGGAAGGCGCGGCAGAGCUACUACCCUGAUGCUCCUGAUUUUAAGGAGAAGAGGAGCAGGAACGGUGUAGAAAUUACAGUGCUCGAUGAGCGAGAUGGAUACUUCCACUCCGUCGGUGCACCUCUCGCACACACAGUUCCAAAGCACACUGUGAAUAUGUGGAAGCGUUUCUCACAGACGAACGAGCUCCGCUCGGAACGGAACCUAAAGUUCAAGCACGGUUCGCUCAAGCGUGUUGAUCCCGAGGCCAAGGUUGCCGAGUGGCUGGACCGCAGUGGGGAGACCCAACACCAAGCGUAUGACUACCUCAUCAUGGCCACUGGACUCAAGAGGCACUGGCCUGCUGUUCCCAAAUCUGGCUCAUACGAAGAAUAUUUGAAGGACGGCAAAGCUUUCGUCUCGAAGAUAGUGGGUGGUGACCCUAGGAAACCACAAGAAGGCCGAAGAGUUGUCAUUAUCGGCGCCGGAGCCGUGGGCAUUGAGUUCGCGGGCGAGAUCAAAUCUCACUAUCCCAGCAUCAAUGUUACGCUCAUCCAUUCUCGUGACCAGGUCCUCUCAUCUGAGCCGCUGCCUUCAGACGUGAAGGACAAAGUCAAGGAUAUACUCAUCGAGGAAGGCGUUGACGUCGUCACGGGGAGUCGGGCUGCUAUAACCGAGCUGCCUAGUGGAGAGUUCGAAGUCAAGCUUGCCAAUGGGAACGUUCUCAUCGCAGACUUCGUCAUCGACUCAACGCGGAAGGGCGAGCCAACGACAGAUCCCCUGCCAGAAGCGUGCCUGAACAAGGAUAAGGAGGUCAAAGUCAACCUAGAUCUUUCCUUCCAAGACACCAUCCCUAACGCUGCCUCGCACUUCGGUGUCGGCGAUGUUGUCGAAUGGUCCGGAAUAAAGCGCGCCGGCUCUGCCAUGGUCAUGGGUCAGACCGCUGCUCACAAUAUCUACGCUGCCAUCCUAAACUCAGAAAAAACACAUGGCUCGUCAGGAGAGCAAUACAAGCCCCUGAAGCUCAACAAGUGGGAGCCUGUCAUCGGUAUCGCCAUUGGCAAGCAGUGCCUCACGUGGGGCGCCGAAGCUGGCAUGAAGUAUGGCGUCGAAGUCAUGCAGGGCUACUUUGGCGACGACUUGGGAUGGGCGGGUAACUUGAAGUACAUAGGGCUGACAGACGUAGAGGAAGAGAAGGAGUCCCAAAAGCCAGAGGCUGUCAAGAUGGGCCCGGUGGGUGUGCAGGAGAUCAGUGCUGCGGCAUGA